CUGUAAUCGGGAUGCUGUGGACUCGCGACGCUUGGCAGCAUGGAUCUGCCGCGAAUUUCAUCGCACACAUCUUUGAAUCCUUCUAAUCCAAUACUUUCCAGUCUUCGAUCGCGAAUACCUAUCAGCCGUAAACUUCUUAGUGCCUCUAAUCAGGAACCCCAAUUCGCCGUUAUUCCUUCUACUUCACACUUUCAGCCUAGCUGCAAGCGCGAAGAAGCACGUGCACUGCAAAAUUUGCGGCGCCGCGUCCAAGCCCUUCGCAUCGUCCAAGAUAAUCGUGCCGAAGAAGCUAUUGAAACUGUUAAUGGUAAUCGGAAUUUAUCCUAUUCACAACUUGACAAUCGGCCGCAGUUGUUACAGAAGAUAUUGACCAACAAACCCGUCAGCAUGGUCUUGGACGAAUCCGAUAUCCAAACGGCUUGGCAAGAUAGCGAUUUUAUUACGGAUUGUCUAUGUUGGCACAAUGUUUACAGACAAAGACAUUCGUCACCUCCUUUAUCAAUGUCAUCAGAGCUUUGUGACCUGGCUCAAACGUGGGCAAAUCAUUUGGCACACACUAAUCGCUUCUAUUAUAGGAACGACAAGGAUAUUGGUCAAAAUUUGUUCUGUCGGCCUGCAAGUCCUCUUCAGUUGGAUGUUACAGGGCAAGAGGUUGCAGUCUAUUGGUACAGCGCCGUUCGACAGUACGAUUACAACAAGGAGCCUGAUAUUCUUCACGCUAAUGUUAACUCGGGUCACUUUACGCAGCUCGUCUGGCGAAACUCCAAACACUUUGGCAUUGGCAAAGCAAGAUCUCGAACAGGAAAAAUAGUAGUGGUUGCGCAUUACGCUCCCGCAGGAAAUAUUACCGGUUCAUUUCAAGACAACGUACUUCCGCCGGGCCCCGAUUAUCCUCUAGUUGCAACACCACGGUAUUAUAUAUCUGCUGAUAUUACCGAAUCAGAAAAUAGUACUAGUACGACAUCGAGUAGCACUCCGUAGGAAAUUAUGAGCGGAGUUGGUAUUAGGUGAAAAAUUGAAUUUGAAACGUGAUCAGCAUAUAUAUAAGAGAAGGGUGAUCAGUGAAGAGUUGGUCAACAUGUUAGUGAUACACUAAGUACUAAAAAUGAAUUCGUCCAAGUCAUACGCUUAAUUAAUGAUAAGCUAUUUAAUAUAAGUUUCUUCAGCUAAGUGCUAAUUUGCAAAUGCAAUAUAGAAGUGUCUGAUUCCGUAGCAAGAUCAAUUUUUUACAAUCUAGUGUAGCUAGGCAUUCCGUAAUUCACCUAGGAUAAUACUAAGCAUUUCAAAAUCGUAAAUAUCAAUGAUAUAGCAUGGUAUAGCAGUUGUUGUUUCAUAUAGUAGUAUGCUGUGGUUGUUAUGGGAAAUACGAACAUGAACGACUGAUUUUGAAGUAUGGAUGGAAUCAUGAAUUUCAAAGAUAUGAAACUAUUAGGAUUUUGCGAUCGAGAUGGCUACGUUUAGCAAAUAGUAUUUACUCCCAGUAUAUCACCUACUAUAAAGAUGUAUACUACUAGAUAUGAUAACAGAAAAAAAUCAAUAAUAUGAUCUAUCUAAACAAUCACAUAAUCCAAGUACAAUUUUUGGUUCAUACACCUAAUAAUCAAAAGAAGCAAACCACGCUCUGUAUACGUUAACUUUACCUUAACACGUAUGCAUUACAUACAGUAGGUACACACAACGCACAAAACCAAAAUGUAUGAUAGUGUAGGUUACCCAAAUAGUUUAUCUGAAAGUUGCUUAAUUGCAAAUACAUGUUUCUUGUAAACACAGGAUCUGCAGAAAUUUAGGCCUAGGUAGGGUCUAAAUAUUUUAGUUUCUCCACUUAUCAAUGUCGAAUAUGAGAUUUUGCACAACACUCAAGGUGACGUGGUUCUCCUCAGAAGACGUCCUCAAAGUGGGAUGCUCUAUGAGGGGUAAUAAAAUGAUCUGCACUCUAUCUGAGCUAUCGGCUUGACCUACUGCUCGUACUUCACUAGACCCCAUAUCGAAUGCAAGAUCAUAAUUAUGGUAAUCUUAUACGGUUAUCUGAUUUCAAAACUAUUAAACUUGCACCGAAAGUCCGUUAUGCACGUCAAUUAGAAACUAGAACUUAAACAAGGAGAAAAUUCUAAAACACUUUUCAUUUCUAGUCAAGGUAGCUCUGAAGAUAUUUUCCUUGAACCCUAUUAUAUGCGCACUAGAGUUUAGAACAACUGAUGAAAAUUGGUUCUUUGUUCGCUUAUUAACUUUCUUUAUUACUACCUAUUUGUUAGUCACGCUUUAUUCGUUUUCAGGAUGUAUGUACUUACACAUACGUCUAUAAAUAAUAUAUACAGGGUGGUGACUUGCGUAACGCAAUAUAGGGAUUUCAAACAAAAUGCUAUUCAAAAUAAAUUUACACCCAUUUGGAUGCUAAAUAAAAUUUAACCCACACAAAUGAAUAGUAUUACUGAACUGAAAACUCAACGUCAUAAUUAAUGAAGUAAAAUUUAUCAACAUCUUUCAAACUAACUUACAUUUAUCGAUGAAUCAAAGCUUUCUCCUUUGGAAGGGGAUGAUAGAACUCUUUGAAACUUUUGAAUCGCAAAAUUUCGAGAGAACAAAUCGUGCUUCCUGUUUCACGCAGGAUUUAGUUACAUGAAUAACUACCAAUGUUCCACAGUAUGGAAAUCCCCAAAUUGCUCGAAUGAAUUGUCUUUGGCCUUUUUACCAGUUGCCGUUUAAUGUACAUCUAAUAACACCCUGUAUACAUAAUAGAGGUGCUCAAUUUUGAUUGGUAAAAAUUGUUUUUUAACGUAAUUUAAAAAAUAGCGCAAUGAAAUACUUGGCCCCUUGGACCUCAAAGCCUUCGUUGUAAUAAUUUAGGGUGUUUCUCACCCGAUUUUUCACAGUCUAUUCGCCGAUGUUCCUGUUCUGGAAUAUUCGUUGGGUACCAAUCUUUUUUGCAUAUCUAAUAUCAACGGUUUUUGAUUCCUUUGAACAUUUGGAAACCUACUCGAAAUCCAGAGUUGAGGUUCACGAGCAGCGUGCGUAAAAAUGUGAUAUGAUGCUCUUGUACGUCAUCAAACUUAAGUUAAAUCGACUGACACCUUCAGGCUGAUAGGAUCUCUCAUUGAUGUACCGUAAGUUCGCAAUACAAUUCCUGACAAUUCAAUGAAAUCUUAGCUUUGACUAAUCUAAUCUUCGAAAAGAGAAAAAAACUAAUUCGUUACGUGCUUACGUGGCAUUAAAUAGUUUAUGGAAUCUUUAGAAAACCCUCCUAUCGAUUGGCGUGUAAUUCGCGAUUAAUUAGGAAACGUUCUACACAAAUCCUAUACCUAAAUAGGAAGAAUAUAUCAACGACAGCACCUACCGUUAUACGUAACGCUAACUAGCAGUAGAAUUUUGUAAAAUCAUGCCCCUUGUUACUAGCUAGGUACUUUUAAAUCGAUGGUAAUAGUAUAAUUUCUAAUCUCAAUUUCGUAAUGACUGUACUGCACAAGCUUUUGCACAUUUGUACUUAUUAAUAAAAGUUAAAAAUAUUAAAUAUACCAUGUAAAUAUAAUUAUAACCAAUAUUAAUUGCAGUAAACAGCCUAUAAUUUAGAAGAUUUUUACGUAGAUGGAUAAAGAAAUCACAUUUCUGCAUUAAAAUUUGGAACCUAGAGACAAUGAAGAUAUUUUGGGUAUAAUUGUAUAAAUUUUUGGCUAUUUUUAAAAAAGCAUGUAAGUCUCUCGUCUGUUAUGGUUGUGCUAAUCGAAGUUGCUUCCAAUCAACACCCAAGUUAAAUGAUAACUGUUUAACAUUGAUAUUAGAAAGCUAAACCAACAGAAGUGUGUAUUUAUAAUCAAAAAUGUUAUUGUAAUUCAAUUUUUGUAAUAAGCGCAUUUAGUAAAUUAUUGUUUUCGAUUAACUGAAAACAGUAGACUUUAGAUGGCUGUGAUUUGCACGUAAUGUAUUACAAAAACGCAAUCAUAUAAUAUAUGUACCAAACAAUCAGUAUUGUCUUUGUGACAUAAGAAUUUACACGACAAAUACAAAUUUAAGUUUAUAAUCCGCUAUGAAGUUUCAGUUAGUUGAAUUCAGCACUUGACAUCGAUGUAAUUAUUAUAAUAGGUAGCUAUUUGUGAUAUUUUAAGGAGUUUGUUAUUCAUUUAAUUUUGCAACACUUUGGUUGUCGUUUCACUAAGCCAAACCGUAAAUUCCGUUUUGGAAAGAACACAAAAGUUUUUACAAACUGCAUGGGAAAUUGAACAUAUGAGUAACAAAAUGCUUGCUGUGAGUUAAUCGUGCUAAGCGGCAAUCAAAACUGUAUAUUUGUAGUGUAGAUAGAUGGAAAAUAAUAAUAAUAGUAAUUUUUUAUGCGUUGUGGCAAUAUAAAUUUUGCUCAAAUAAAAACUGUUAAUUUAGAUUACACUAGUUUUAGAAUAAUCUUUUAUACUAACCUCAAACUUAAAAGUGAUUAGUCGAAUCUACCUACCUUGAUGAAAUGGUUAUUCUACAAAGAAUAUUUAAAUAUGGAAAGAGGAAUGGUGGUUGUUGAUAUCGAACAAAGUUUCAUAAUGUACAAAACUAAGUGAAAAUAUCCCUGUUACUAAUAUCACAGAUCUACACAUACACAGAUUGCUAACCUUAUGCAUUUUUUGGGAAACAAAUUUAGGUAUACUUAAAAGCGCCCUCUAUUGCGGAGCAGUAGAAACAUGUACCGUUUAAAACUGUAA